UUACGGUAUUAGCGAGUGUGUGCACAGAGCGCUAGAGAGACGACGCGCAGGACUUGAACAACGGGUUCAUUGAGUGUUUGUAAAUACAUUCUCGGGGAACGAACAGAGACAAACUUUACGGACAUCAGCUGUCAAGGGAAAGCACCUGUCGAAUUGGUACAGUAAAGUUGUUCAAACUAUUUUGGAAGUUUCUUUCUCUUUGACAUCUUUGUGCUUCAUGUAAUAUUACGGAACAGUCGGACUUUAAAGUCAGCUCAAACACCCAACGUAAUUUUUUAUCCCUAGCCUUUGGUGUAGGCUAGUCUGUACAUUCAUAUGUCCACAAAAAUGGAGCAACCGUUUUAUCAUGACGACUCGUUUCUCUCUGCUUAUGGUCACGCAGACGCUGCCCUGCACGACUACAAGCUCCUAAAGCAGAACAUGAGCGUGGGCUUCACCGAACCUUACCGGAACCUCAAGUCCAACCGCACCGAAAGCGACUACUACACUGCAAACGGAGACGUGGGAUCGCUGAAACUCGCCUCUCCGGAACUGGAAAGACUCAUUAUCCAGAACGCUAACGGUGUCAUCACAUCGCCCACUCCGGGCCAGUAUCUCUACACCCGGAGCAUCACAGAGGAACAGGAGGGCUUCGCCGACGGCUUCGUCAAAGCGCUGGACGAGCUCCACAAGAUUAACCAGAUGCCCCCGCCGAACGUGUCCAUCGGAGCCUGCGGCGUGUCAUCCUGCACGGCGGCAUCCUCGGUGUUCGGCGCCUCCCUGCAGCCGGAGGCUCCCGUGUACACCACCCUGAGCAGCUGCAAUCCAAACACUAACCUCACACCCGCCACCAACUACCCGACAGCCACCAUCAGCUAUCUGCCUCACCACCACCACCACCAGCAGUACCAUCACCAUCAUCAAGCAACGACGACGCAUCCUCAUCAUUUCCAGCACUCGCUGCCCGGCGCGGGGCUGCAUCCGCAGCGACUCGUUACUCUUAAAGAAGAGCCACAGACCGUGCCUGACCUCCAGAGCAGCGACGGAUCUCCUCCCAUGUCUCCCAUCGAUAUGGAGGACCAGGAGCGCGUCAAAGCCGAGCGCAAGAGGCUCAGGAACCGGCUGGCGGCCACCAAGUGUCGGCGACGGAAGCUGGAGCGCAUCUCCCGGUUGGAGGACAAAGUUAAGGUCCUCAAGACGGAUAACGCCGGACUGUCCAGCACCGCGUCCCUGCUGAGGGAGCAAGUGGCCCAGCUGAAGCAGAAGGUCAUGACCCACGUGAGCAGCGGAUGCCAGCUGAUGCUGACACCAAAACUUAAGUCUUUUUAAGAAUGAACUGUAAUUACACGGACACUGAAAAAAAGGGGAAACACUGGACGAGCAGAUCAUGUUUGUGAUUGUUUUAUUUUUUAUUGAUGCAAAUGAUUUUACAGCACUGAGUACGAACUUUGCAUAUUUCUUAUGUGUUUUCUUGUAGAAAACUAUAGUGUUAUAUAGUCCAAUUGUUUUCAAUGGCAUAUGUCUUUAUUGAUAAGGUACACCCAACUAAGCAAACGUGGACAAUGGAACGUGGACUUUCUAUCGAACAAUUUGGUUUUGUUUCACGCAUUGUCCUUUGGGAACAUUGAAUAAGUUAUUGGUAUUAUGAGUCAGGUUGAGCCAGACCUUUAAAUGUACUUUAAAUGUUUGUUGUUUGUUUUGUUCAUAUUUUUAUAUUUAAGUAAAAUGACUGAAAACAAA